AUGCCAUCCAUGGUUUUUCUUUCAAAUCCUUAUUUCUUUGCAGCUUUGUCUGCAGCAUUAACUCUUCUGAUGGUUCAAGUUCUGUUCAGAACAUUGAACAAAAGCCACAGAAAGAAGUACCAUCCUGUUGCUGGUACCACAUUUAAUCAGAUGCUGAACUUCAACAUGCUGCACCAUUAUAUGACUGACCUUGCAGGAAAGUACAAGACAUACAGGUUGCUCAGCCCUUUCAGAAAUGAGAUUUAUACAGCAGAACCAAUUAAUGUUGAGUAUAUACUCAAAACCAAUUUUGAGAAUUAUGGAAAGGGUUUGUACAACUACAACAAUUUGAAGGAUUUACUAGGUGAUGGGAUUUUCGCAGUUGAUGGCGAGAAAUGGCGUGAACAAAGGAAGUUAUCCAGUCAUGAAUUCUCCACCAAGAUGUUAAGGAAUUUCAGCACUUUAGUAUUCAGAAAGAAUGCAGCAAAACUUGCAAACAUAGUGUCUGAAGCUGCAACUUCUAAUAAUCCGUUGGAAAUCCAAGAACUUUUAAGGAAAUCUACUCUGGAUUCAAUUUUCCAAGUUGCAUUUGGAACAGAACUUGACAGCAUGUGUGGAUCAAAUGAAGAAGGGAAGAAUUUUGCUGAUGCUUUUGAUACUUCAAGUGCACUAACCAUUUUUCGUUAUGUUGAUGUCUUCUGGAAGAUCAAGAAAUUCCUGAAUAUUGGAUCAGAGGCCACAUUAAGAAAGAAUAUUAAAAUUUUAAAUGAAUAUAUCCACAAGCUAAUCACCACUAGAAUUCAGCAAAUGAAGGCUCCAAAUAAUGAUUCUGCUAGCAACCGAGAAGAUAUUCUCUCAAGAUUUCUGCAUGUGAAGGGAUAUGAUUCAACAUACUUAAGAGAUAUAAUUCUAAACUUCGUUAUUGCUGGGAGAGACACAACUGCUGGCACACUUUCUUGGUUCAUGUACAUGCUAUGUAAGUAUCCUGCAGUACAAGAAAAAGCUGCAGAAGAAGUGAAAGAAGCAACAAACACAACAACAAUUAAUACCUAUGCUGAGUUUGUGUCAAGUCUAACGGACGAAGCUCUUGAAAAGAUGAAUUAUCUCCAUGCAGCAAUUAAUGAAACUCUCAGACUUUAUCCUGCAGUUCCCUGGGAUGCAAAGUUUUGUUUUUCUGAUGAUACAUUACCAGAUGGAUAUAAUGUAAAUAAAGGAGACACGGUAGCCUACCUAUCUUAUGCAAUGGGUCGGAUGAAAUUCAUAUGGGGUGAUGAUGCAGAGGAAUUUAGACCAGAAAGAUGGCUUGAUCACAAUGGCAUUUUUCAUCCUGAGAGCCCUUUCAAGUUUACAGCUUUUCAGGCAGGUCCUCGGAUUUGUCUUGGAAAGGAGUUUGCUUAUAGACAGAUGAAGAUAUUCUCAGCAGUUUUGUUGAGCUGUUUCCGAUUCAAAUUGAAUGAUGAGAACAAAAACGUCACUUAUAAGACGAUGAUAACUCUUCAUAUUGAUGGAGGUCUUGAAGUCAAAGCCUUCCACAGACACUGGGAUUAG